AUUUUAAAUGAUAUAUUUACAAUGUAAUAUAACUUUAAUUUGGCUUAUUCAAAUGUAUGUUCACAAAACUAAGUAAUAACAUAGUAACUGUGUUUUAUAAUGUGGAUAUCUAUUCAUUUUAUAAUAUUACUAAUUAAUUAUUUCUCUACGGCUGAUGUGAAUAUAAGUUAUGUAAUAAGAAAUUAUCAAAAUCCUUAUAAUUUGGAUAGCAGAUUAAGAAAAUGUGAAGCAUUAAAUGUUUUCGGUGAUCAUUGUGAUCCAUUUUUUCAUUUUGCUGCUUAUACAUCAACUGAAAAAUGGGAGAAACGUUCAACGUUGCGUAAAGAAGCUGGACCAUUUGUAAACUCAAAGUAUGUCAAUCACGUUCUCGACGCGUAUGAAAUACAGCCAAUAUUUCCGGAUUCCAUAGAAAUUGAACUUGACAUUCAUGAUAGUGAUAUAGAUGAAGAUCAACGGAUAGCUCUAUUUAGAAGAACAGUUCCUCUGGAAACUAAAGGAAAACAUGAAUUUCGGAUGGGUGUUGAUGUCAAAGUUGAAGCCCAUAUUGAGAUUACUUGUACCAAAGAUUAUUAUGGACAGCGUUGUGAGGUAUAUUGUACACCUCUAUAUGAUUUAUGGAAAUGUGAUGAAAAUACCGGUGCUAGAAUAUGCAGUAAACCAUGUUUACAUGGAAAAUGUGUUCUCACAAGUAUUAGUGCAAUAUGUGAAUGUACAUUAAAUUGGCAUGGAGAAUUUUGUCAAACUCCUAUUGAAUCUAAAAUUAUAUCAACUAUUUUAGCGCCUGAUAUAAAAACAAUUCAUGUUGCUAAACCAUUACAAAUUAAUCAAUCAAUUAGAAAUCAAACUAGAAAUAAUAAAAUCAAUAAAUCAUCCAUGAUGACAACAACAACAACAACCGCAACGACAACAACAGCAACAGCAACAACAACAUUUCAAUCUAAUUCCAUAGAUAAAAUAAAACAAAUAGAGAUGAGAAAGCAUGAUGAAACAGUUCAAGUUGUUCAAUUGAAAUUUGAUAAUUUACAUAAUAUUCAAAAUGAACACCUUAAUAUUGAUCAAUCUGAUAGUGAUGAUGAUGAUGAUGAUGAUACUUUGUUUACUUUAACAACAAUAAAUACAGUAAUAAAUUUAAAUCAAUCCAAGCUAUCGAAAAUUGAUAAUAAUUCAGAAAUAAUGAAACAAUCUGAUGAUAACUUGAAUCAUCUAUCUGGUCAAUAUUCGAAUAAUGAAACACGUAAUUAUAUCAUUUUAGCAUUCAUUAUAAUAGGUUUAUUGAUAUGGCUUAUAAGUGUUCUUAUCAUUGGUUUCGUGUGUUAUCGCCGUCGACACAACCGUAAAGUAUCUGUUCGUAAAAGUGCUUUAUGGACAAAUAUUAAUUAUGAACCAAAUGUAUAUCAAAAAAAAUUUUCAUCACCAACAGAAUCAUUUAUAAAACAACAAUAUGAUCAUGAAAAUUCACAAAAUAAUAUAAAAUUAAUUACAAAUAAUCAAAUAAAUGAUCCUUCAUUAAAAAUAAUUACACCUAAAAGUGUUUUAAGAAAUUCAUCUACUUUACCAAAACUUCCAAUAAAUGAACAUAAUCAACGUAGAUCAGUACGUUAUAUACGUACACCAAAUGAAUUAUCUAAAUUAAAUUUUGGUACUAUAUCACAUACACCAAUAACUAGUCCAUCACUUUCAAUAUAUACACAACAAACAAAUUUAUCACCAACUGAUAGUUGUCAACCAAUAUGUGAUACAUAUGAAGAAUUAACAUGUUGUAUAAAUGAUCAUUUAAAUUGGAAACAUAAUAAUAAUAAUUUAUCAAUAGCGCCUAAAUUAACAACUUUUCAAUGACAAAUAUUCAAUUCAUUCAAUGCUUAUAUGUUAUAUACAAAACAAUAUUCAAUUUAUCAUUCUUAUCUUUAUUCAAAAUAUAUGUCAGAUAUAAGAAAUAAGUAGAAGAAAUAUAUAUAUAUAUGUAUGUAUGUAUUUAUAUUGUAGUGGCUUUGCUUCGUUAAUUGAUCACCUACACUAACUAUUAUAAUAUAAAUCUUAAUGAUGUUUAAAAUCAGAAAGCAAUGUAAAGCGGCAUCCUUCAGCAACUUGCUUUCUGUGCGAAUGUAAUGAGUAUAGGUAGUCUGAGAAGGGAUAAAAUUACUCUUCCAUACUUUUUGGAACUC